CGCCGCGACGCCGUCGCCGCCACCGAGUGAGUUUUCUGGCCUAACCUCUCCUCCCCGUUCGCUCUUUUCGCUCGUUGCUCGUGCACCAGCAUCCAGCACGCGUUGUGGCGACGGUUCGUUCCACUGACGAUUUCAUCUCCUCCCUCUUCCUCUCUCUUUAUCAAAUUUCCCGUGAAUCGCGUAGACCGCCUGUGACAACGAUCUCGGUUUGUUUACGGUCUCAUUUCUUCCCCUCUCCCCUCUCCUUCCUCCUGUUGAAACUAUUUCGUUUCUUGAGUUCGUCGUGGAUGAGAUAGGCCUUAUGGAGUAUACACGUGCAUGACAUGAGAUUCUGCAAGUGUGUAUAGGUUUCACAAUCAUCACAAUAGCAAUUAGAUUGUACGUUUAAUAUGGAGUCAUGUGAAUCACGGUAAUUUGUAUUACUCGCCUGUCUCUUAGAGAAUAUGAACGAUUAUUACCGCAUCAGAUAUGACAUUAAGUGGCACUAGUAAUCAGAAAUUACAAUGAAUGGUACUUUGGAAGAUGCUUAUUGGCAGGCUCAGGACAUGAUUAAUCAAGUAUCCAGAAGUUGGAAGAAUGCUCAAGGUCAGAAUCCAUUGGGCUUAACAUCGGAUAAAUCAUUAUCCUCUCAGAAAAAAGAGCAGAGUCACUCCAGGCAUAGUAUCCAAUCCAAACUCACCAGACUCUAUUUUGAAGAACUUUCUAAGGUUCCUCAUGCAACCCCAGAUUCAGUUUUGAAUAAUCUUGAGAAUGAAUGUGAUCUUUUGGGGCGGUUGGUGCAAAGAGAAGGUUUAAAUACUUUAAUUGUUAAUCUCUAUGCUGGUAAUAAAGGAUACUCAUUAGCUGUAAGAAAUAGUGAUAAGGGGAAUCAGUACGAUAAAAAUUCAUUAGCUGAGACUCAACUCAUGGGUUAUGAACAGGGUGAGCUACUUUCAUGCAUAGAUAAUGGCCAAUUGCCAGCUACGCUAGCCGAACAAUUAGAAUCCAACUAUUCACAUUUAUUUUACGAUGGCUGCAUAAUCGCUGAGGUUCGAGAUUAUCGGAGAUCAUUUCCUCACAAUAAAGCCGAAGUUCAUCAUGUACUUCUUAAACCUACCACACAGAGCGUAUUAUCAGAUGUGUCGACACUUACAAGUGAUGGAGAUUGGAGCCACGAAGAGCGGUUAAUGUUGGAAUCACAUCUAGUGGCAGCUACUCAAGGUCCUUUAUGCUUGGAUCCGAAUCCUAUUCCUACUUUAGCUAGUACAAGAAUUAAACAGUCUAAAUCAUUACUUACCGAUCAUCAACUCAUGCGACAAGCCAAAAAAUUCUCUCAGGUCACAGUAAAUCGAAAAAGAAAAUUGGAACAGUUAGCCCAGCCAGAAGGACAAACGAUAUAUGACUUAAUGCAGAAAUUCCGUACGAAAAGAAGAGGAUUAGCGACAAAUACUGCCUGUCCACCGCCUUCUCUUGCAAAUCCUCCUCUGUUUCCACCGUCUACAACAAUAGAUGUUUUAAGAUACGCGAAAGCAUACGAGUGGCCACGAGAAACAAAAGACUGUUCGCCACAAGUGAUAGAAGAAUAUAUAUUAGAACCUGCGCAAAGUCAGGAUUACAUAAAACUCUCGAUCCUACAAAGGCCCUCUACUUCAGAAUAUUUGGGAGAACUUUAUAUGGAUAAAAAUCAUCGGGAUGGAGAAAAAAAUGGCUCUUCAUGCCGAUUUACAUUGGGUACUAGGGCUGUGGCUAACCAUUAUUAUCAGCAAUUUAAAGAAAUAUUUACAGAAGAGGGUAGGAAAAGUGUAAAAAUAAAACAUAUUGUACCAGGACAACCUCCUCGCAUUGCAUGUACACCUGGUAUGCAGCGAGUGCAUCAACAGGCGCAACAUGCAAAAGCGGCACAUUUAGCGGCUCAACAAUUGCAGCAAGCUCAGUCCCAACACGUAGCACAACAGAUUCUAUCGCGGGCUCAAGGACAAUUAACUAGUUUGACUAGCCAAGUGGCCUCAAUGAAGGUUAUGACAGAAGCCACUACCUCCGCACAAAAUAAUCUCUCGUGUGUGGACUCGGCAAAUAUGUCGCAAGUUAUUUCGCAGAACGAUGUUACCGCAUUGAGCUCUGGACAAUCUUUGGCUAAUGGUGGUCCUAAUGCGUCAACUUCCGUGCAAAUUGAUAAUUCUGCGAUGGCUGUAGCGGACAAUACUUGUAACGGUUCUGGUAUUCUAGUCUUUCAGAAAUCGACUGGUACCAUUAAUAAUACAGCACCUACCAAUGUUCCAGUCUUGCAAGCGCAAUUGCAAGCGGGAACACAGAAUUGUAUAGGCGAGGCCGCCAAUCAGAACCAAAAUGAACCGCCUUUCAAGAAACAUUCAACUAAUCCGGCGAUAAGCGCUCUUGUUACUUCCCUCAUGAAUUCCGCACAGCAAUUCCAGCAACAAGCCGCAGCCAAUGCAGCAGCCGCAGCUAUGAAUAACAAUGCACAAGCUACAAACAAAUCUAACAAUACCGCCAUCCUUAGUCUGUUAAAUAGUACUCCUGCAAAUAUAGCUCAGAGGAAAGUUCAACCCCAAAGGAUCUCUCUUAAUGCUUCCAUCCCAUCCAGAGUUAUUAGUCAUGGCAAUGUGAUCAACGUGCCCAAUACUACGGGUCAAGUACGUGUGAGUUUGAGCUCUUCCGCUUUAACAGGACAAUUAAGUUGCAAGCAACAACCAGUGAAAGCGACCGCUGUUAGACUCGCGCGAGUCCAGGAUCCAACAUCUACUCUUGGCUUAUCGAUGCCGGGACUUUCGGCUUUGCUUGCUGGCACUCCGUCAGCUGAUAACCCGAUACCCGGAAUGAAUUCAACUUCGUCGCUGUUGGAACGGCUCACCGCUUCUUCCAGUCAGAGCAGCCAACCAGCAAGUCCGAUGACCAGUCCAUCGCCGACCAAUGUAAAUUUACAAGGCGUAAACCUUACUAGUCUGCCAAACUCCAUCAACGGUCUACAAAAUGUUCAGGUUUCGUUUCCAGGUUUUUCGCCUCUUACUAUGUCGUUGAAUGUAUCUCCAACCACCGGUGGUACCGUCACUCCUACCGGAGUUAUUGUCUCUCUGCCUAUAUCUUCUGCCACGAAUACCUGCACGACAGUCUCAAGUAUGGUUGCUGCAACUGUUGUUACGACAGCUAUUGCUGGGAGUACACCAACAGUAGUGAUCGCUAAUGCUCCUACCAAUGCUCAUUUAUCCUUACCAAUCGCUCAGCUAAUACCAUCAGGAGUAAAAGGAUUGUCACAGCAAAAUAUUAGGGGUAAUAAUGCGGUGGCUCUUGCACAGGGAGGACAAGCAAUUCAACUCAUUGGAUCUCAAAGACCAAGAUUUAAUCAUAUGACUCGUCAAGUACAAUCGAAUCAAGUUAAAUCAGCUGUCUUAUCAAAUCAAUUAGUGACAGUUGCUAAAACAGUAACGGCGAGUCAGCUGAUAUUAUCUGGUAAUAAACAAGUAUUAACUCCUAUAAUGGCCGCAACAAAACCUGUGCUUAUGGCGUCGCAGACGACACCUUCUUCCCAAGUAGUACCUGUUAAUAAACAAACUCUGUUAACAAAAUCUUUACACGCUAGAGCUUCUACUGGCCAAUGCAGCCAGCAGACGCAAAGUCUCGGUGUGGCUACUUUAUCUCAACAACAACUUCAACAAUUACAACAGUGUUUAGCUGCGCAGCAUAAAGUUGCCGUCGCGGCGGGCAGUUCUCAAAAUAGAACACAAAUUGAAGCUCAGAGAAAUUCUACAUCUGCCCCGGGGGAAGAUUCCGCCUGAAUAUGUUCAAAUAAAUGAUAAUGUUAAUGAUCAUGUUACAUCGGAAUAAUUGAAGCCCACCUGGAAGAAAUGUAAUGAGGCAUUUAUAUAUUAUGAGUCUGAAAUUUUAAUCUUUUGUACAUAGAAGUUAUAUGAUGAAUUGUUUUUCUUUUUUGAAUUCUCUUAAUUAUAGUGAUUUAGUUUACUAAACGGAUCGUGUCUGUGUCGACUGAAAAUAUACAAGAUAUUUUACCAAAUCAGUAUUGCGUAAUACUAUUAUGCCCAGUGCAAUAAUAAAUGUAUUUCUCUCAAA